AUGGAAAUGGAAGCUAAAGCACUAAAAGAUAGUUUGCAAGCAGCGGGAGUGAUAGCCUCACGACCAGCACCUCAGCCACCUACAUCUAGUCACACCUUAGGUUCAAUCGCUACAGCUCCCAUGAUUUCAAAAUCAGAACGGCAAUUAAAGUUCGUUUUAGAAGAUCUUAGCAAGACUAUUGACAAAUUUUUGGGAAAUAAGAUUCCAAAAGUCUUCCUUCUGGAAAGUGCCAAAGAAGCUAAAAUGAUGUAUCGCAAUUAUUUAGGAGAAUGUGACGAGAAUUGUUUAGAAGAUUUAUUUCUCAACGUAAGUUUUAAACUCGAUGAGGCUUUGGACUUCGCUCCUGAAGAUAAAAAAACGCAGAAUGAAAAUCUGCCCUACACACUGCCAAACAUAGAUAUUCCGGUAUUCUCUGGAGACUAUAUUCAGUGGAACACGUUUAGAGAAUUGUUUUCCCAAUUAAUAGGUUCAGCCAGUAUCUCGGAUACACAGAAAAUGAUUUGCUUGAAAUCAAAGCUAAGAGGGGAAGCGGCAAUGACGAUCGCGAACCUACCAGCAAAUGCAGAAAACUAUCCAAUUGCUUGGAACCUCUUGGAUAAUAAAUAUACCAACUUGAGAGCGCAAACUGCCAUUCAUUUUUCGAACAUAAUGGGGGCACCCUAUACGACUGAAAAUCUAGAAAGUGUAAAACGAUUGAAAGAAGUGAUUGAGGAAAAUUUGCAAGCUCUAAAAGCAACAAAAUUGAGUUCUGAAAGUAUACUGCAAGGCCUUUUAAGUUUCAUUUUAGUACGAAAAAUGAGUAAUGAUUUAAGAUUGAAGUAUGAAACUUCACUUCAGAACUCACGAGAAAUACCCAUUGUUGACUCAUUGGUGAAAUUUUUAAAUCAUGAGUUUUAUGCACUGCAAGCAGUACAAAAAUCAUCAAAAAAGGAUGGGUCAUCCAAAUGGGAUGACCAUAUUAAAGAAUUGGCAAACAAAAAGGAAAUCGAAUGCAUCAUGGGAUGUAAUAAUCGACAUUUCCUUUUUCAAUGCACAAAAUUUAAAGACCUUACCAUUAAAGAAAAAUGGGAAAAGGUUAGAAAAAAUAACUUAUGCUCGAAAUGUUUAAAAAAUGGACAUUCGAGUAAAAAUUGCAAUGGGUAUAAUUGUCGUAUAUGUAAUGAAGGUCAUAGCACAUUCUUACACAAAGUUAGUAAUGAAAAAGGUGCAGUGACAAAAAGUACCAUUAAGCAAGGAUGCGAAAAUUCAGAAAAAUGCAUUUUGUUAGCUACAGCGGUUGUUUAUAUCCAAGAUGCCAAAGGCAAAUGGAUCAAAGGCAGAGCGCUUCUUGAUAGCGGCUCUCAAGUAAAUUUGAUGUCAAAAUCGUUCCUAAAGAAAUUAAGACUUAAGGGCGAAGCAAUUAAAUCGGCAGCGAUAGAAGGUGUUGGCAAAACACGUUCAAAAAUUGAAGAACGGGUAAAUAUAAAAAUUAAGUCCAGAAUGCAUAUGAGCAAUUUCGAAACAAAUCUAGACGUACUAAUAGCGCAGGAAUUAAUGUCCAAAUUGCCGGCAGAAGAAGCCAUUAUUAAAAAGAUUCCAAAUAACAUUGAAUUAGCUGAUCCAAAUUUUAAUGUUCCUAAGAAAGUGAACAUAUUAAUAGGUUACGAAUUAACCUAUGGGGAUCUCUUUGAAGGAGAAAAAAUUUCAUUGAAUGAAAAUAAUUUAAUAGCCCACAAAACCAAAUUGGGUUGGGUUAUUACAGGAGCUGCAAUGAUUAAUAGAGCCCCAUACAUUUGCAGUUUGGCCUCUUUUUCCGAGCCCACAAUAGAAAACCAAAUAAAACAGUUUUGGGAAAUUGAGGAAGAUAUGGAAAAAGACAAAAAAUUUUCAAAGCAGGAGGAAGACUGUCAAACUAUUUUUACAAAAACCACAACCAGAAAAGUGGAUGGGAAGUUCGGAGUAAACCUCCCCUUUAAAGGAGACAUUGAACAAUUAGGAAAUUCAGAGAUUACUGCUAAAAGAAGGUUCUUAGCUAUGGAAAAGAAAUUGGAGAAAAACUAUGAAGUAAAGUCACAGUAUCAUGAAUUUAUGAAGGAGUAUAUAAAAUUAAAUCAAAUGGAGGCUCUAGCCACUCCAAACCAACUUCAGUUCAAAUGUUAUUUACCUCAUCAUUAUGUACUGAAGCCAGAUAGCACUUCUACAAAAUUGAGAGUAGUUUUUGCUGCAUCUGCAAAAACUACUACAAAUAUAUCAUUAAAUAAUUUAUUACAUACGGGGCCAAGGCUAUAA